AUGGAUUUCUUCCAUCAAGUCAAGCAAGCUUUGGAAGCUGGCCAAGAGACUGAGCAGCCUACACCAACACCUAACGGAACCGACAUACCAGGCGCACCUUCGCCCCAGUUCGCACUGCUGAAUUAUCUCUUCCCAGGGUACUCCAUGCUCAUGUCUGCUGCACAUGCCUACGUCGGUGUUGACUUCAACUCAUAUGUCCCUGUCCUGCUCGGCGUCAUCGCCGCCUCAGUGGCAUGGAACUAUGUCAAGGAAGAGUUCUGGGUAUUCUUUGAAGACUACUUCAUGUCAUCAGUCACCAUCCGCACCGAUGACGAGAUCUACAACAUGGUCAUGCUAUGGCUCUCGAAACAGAAGUUCUCACACAAUUCUCGCCACUUCGUAGCAAACACCAAUAUCAAUUCUCGAAACCGGUUCAUGUACAGCUACAAUUCUUCCGAUUCUGAAGACGAGGAUGACGAGCCGGCAGACUCCCCCGUUAACACAACCACUGGCCUGUCCAACGAUCUGAAGCAGGCUCUCCACUACACCCCAUCCGUCGGCACGCACUUCUUUUGGUAUAAACUGCGUCCUCUAACAUUCGAGCGUGUCCAGAACCGAGAUCAGAUUGUCGGCAUGACGGCGAGCGAGAAGGAAGAGCUGCGGAUUUCUUGCUUGGGGAGAAACCCCAGGAUUCUGAAGGAACUGCUACUGGAAGCGAGACAACUACAUAUGAAGAAGGACGAUCGCAAAACCGUCAUUUACCGCGCAAAUCUUGCCGAGAUCUACUGGCAGCGGUGCAUGUCUCGCCUUAAUCGACCCUUUUCUACAGUUAUUCUGAACGAGGAUGUGAAACAGGACCUGAUUGAUGAUGCUGCUGAUUAUCUAAACCCCAUUACCCGUCGGUGGUACGCGAAUCGCGGCAUUCCGUACCGAAGAGGAUACUUGCUCCAUGGCCCUCCUGGAACUGGCAAGAGCUCACUCAGUCUCGCGUUGGCAGGACACUUCCGUAUGAAGAUCUAUAUCGUCAGCCUGAGCUCUGCUGCGGCUACCGAGGAGAAUCUCACCUCUCUUUUCCAUGAACUACCUACUCAAUGCGUCGUACUGCUUGAGGACAUCGACAGUGCCGGCCUAACGCAUACCCGCGACGACUCUGCCGCUCAUCCAGCUGUUCCCGGACAAGUCCCUUCACAAGUCAUUACCUCUGCCAACGGCACUAAAACGGCCACUCCACUCCCAGUUCCUCCUGGUCGUGUCAGCCUCUCAGGUCUACUUAAUAUCCUUGAUGGCGUGGCUUCCCAGGAAGGUCGUAUUCUCAUCAUGACAACCAACCAUAUAGAAAAGCUUGACAAGGCACUUAUCCGUCCUGGUCGUAUCGACAUGAUCAUUCCUUUUGGCCUUGCAGACUCCCUUAUGACGGCCUCCAUCUUCCGUUCUAUCUACGCACCGUACGAAAGCGAAAUUCUUUCCAAAGCGAACGCCAAGGAUUCAGACUCGGAAGCCAGGCGGGCCAGGCUUGCUAAGAAGCACGCGCAAAUCAGCAAACGUGUGGACGAACAGGCCAGGCAGUUUGGAGAGAAGAUCCCAGAGUUCGAGUUCAGUCCCGCAGAAGUCCAAGGACUGCUGUUAAAGUACAAGCACGACCCAGAAGGUGCGUUGGCUGCUUCGGACAUGUGGGUUGAGCAAAUGAGGAGGGAUAAGAAAGAGAAGGCGAAAGAGGCUGAGAAGAAGAGACAGGAAGAACAGAAAAGAAGGCAAGAAGAGAAGAAUGUAGAAGAGAAUACAAAGGAUGAGACGGGACAGGAAAACAAAGAGACUGACUCGUCCGAAGGGAACGCUGAGAAAGCACCUGAAAAGACCAAGCUCGAUAAAGAUAGCUUGACCCCCGGGAAGUCUGAUGGCCCAAAGAAGAGUGCGUCGGAUUCCGGGUAUGAAACCACAUAA